GGCGCGUGAAGAAAUGCACUUCCUGACAGUUUGUGCUGGGUGAUGUCUACUUCAACGUUAACUUUCUUUUUUGUCAUAAUAUGUCUUUCUUGGACGAAAAAUAUAGCAGUUCAUUCUCCCCCAAACAUUAUCAUUAUGCUUAUGGAUGACAUGGGUUGGGGGGACCUGGGGGUCUAUGGCCAGCCCUCCAGAGAGACCCCAAAUCUGGAUGCCAUGGCUGCACAGGGGAUGCUGCUUCCAAACUUCUACACUGCCAACCCACUCUGUUCACCAUCCAGAGCUGCACUUCUCACUGGGAGGCUGCCUGUCCGAAAUGGUUUCUUCACCACCAAUGGCCAUGCCAAAAACGCAUACACACCACAGGAGAUCGUGGGAGGGAUCUCCAGGGAUGAGAUUCUGUUACCUCAGAUGCUGAAAAAGAAAGGAUAUGUCAACAAGAUAGUUGGAAAAUGGCAUCUGGGCCACAGAGCACAGUACCUUCCCCUGAAGAAUGGAUUCGACGAAUGGUUUGGUGCACCUAACUGCCAUUUUGGACCCUACAACAACAGUGGGCGACCCAACAUCCCUGUCUAUAACAACUCGGAAAUGGUCGGCAGAUACUAUGAGGAGUUUAAGAUUGACAGAAAGACUGGAGAGUCCAACCUCACACAGAUUUACUUGCAGGAAGGUCUUGACUUCAUUGUCCGGCAGACUGUGGCCCAACAGCCCUUUUUCCUGUACUGGGCUGCUGACGCCACUCAUGCCCCAGUCUAUGCUUCCAGACGCUUCCUCGGGAAGAGCCAGCGAGGCCGGUAUGGUGAUGCAGUGAUGGAGCUGGACUACAGCGUUGGUCAGAUCCUGUCACUGCUGAGGACUCUUGGUAUUGAAAAUAGCACCUUUGUUUUCUUUACCUCUGACAAUGGAGCUGCUCUGACGUCAGGCCCAAAUGAGAGUGGCAGCAACGGGCCCUUCCUCUGUGGGAAACAGACCACCUAUGAAGGGGGCAUGAGAGAGCCGGCCAUUGCCUGGUGGCCUGGAAACAUUGCAGCAGGCACGGUGAGUUUCCAACUAGGCAGUGUAAUGGACCUGUACACCACCAGUUUAGCACUGGCUGGCAUCAGUCCACCUGAUGAUCGAAUCCUGGAUGGACUGGACCUGUCCGCAAUCCUCCUGAACAGCUCUCAAACACUGAAGAACAGACCAAUCUUCUAUUACCGAGGGAAUGAGCUGAUGGCGGUCAGGCUCGGACAAUACAAGGCCCACUACUGGACCUGGACCAACUCGUGGGACGAGUUCAAAGAGGGUGUGAACUUCUGUCCAGGUCAGGAGGUACCGGGUGUGACCACACAUGAGCAGAAAGCGCACACACUGCAACCUCUCGUUUUCCACCUGGGCCGGGAUCCUGGGGAGAAGUUCCCUAUAAGUGUUUUGACCAUGGAAUACCAGGAGGUACUAAGCCGCAUCUCCCCAAUUGUGAAGGAGCAUAUGAAGAUGCUUGUACCAGGCGUUCCCCAGCUCAACAUGUGUGAUAUGGCUGUGAUGAACUGGGCCCCAGCCGGCUGCGAGAAGUUAGGAAAGUGUCUCAAAGCUCCCAAGUCAGCUCCCUGGAGGUGUGAAUGGCAGCACUGAGUGAAAAAACGCAACUGAGGCAGAAAGGAGCACGAGGAAGCAAAACUUGGGCCCGUCUGCAGAUAAACAGACUUUUUUAAGAGUUCAGUGUUUGAAAUUAUUUGAUAAAUUGUGCCUGUCAUGUCAUAUCAUGUGGUCUGUGAUUAAGUAGCGCCUCUUGCCCAAAGUCAGCUGGGAUAGGCGGUACAUUUUACUCAAAUGUAUGCUAUUGCAACACUGCACCACUGUGUAGGUAGGCCUUUAUACCAAAACAAUUGAGAGAGUUGUAUCUAUUAUGUGCACACACAUACUCAAGGAAUAUUACAAAAAUGCUUCCCCAUAUAUGAGAAACAGCGCUCCGUAAAAUGCUGUGUAGCUCUUGUGUUGGAUCUCAGAACAUUGUACCUUGCGGUUACUGAAAUAGAUAGCAAUAUACUUGUAUUAUUGCACAGGAAAUUCAAACACAGUACAAUAUUAUUACAGCAUUCUCACAGACUGAACCCCAGAUGAUCAUGUAUUCUGAGCAGUUAUUCUCUAGUUGCAGAUAUAUUUGGUUUCCUGUUGAGUGGGCUGCAGAGUAUAGAUUGCUACACUUUCCCAGACCAUCACAUUCAACAAGCCAAGAAGUGAAACCAGACCUCAGACAAUGACAUCAAUGUAAGUCAGCGAAAACGGAAUG